GUCAUAGCGAAAUAUCAUUUGUUGACAUAUUUCAAAAGGCAAAGAGGCCUUAAAAGUCUGUACUUUUGUUAUGUGUAAAUAAUAUUUUUCGGCCAUUCCAUAGCAGUCCGCGUUCAAGGAAAGUUAUAUUCAAGUUUAUAUUAAACGUAUUACGUUCGAAAUUUAAAUUUUUGUGUGUGUCCAAUAAAAAAAAAUCAACUAUGUUCGAUUUCAAUUUGCAAUUUGCUCGUGGUGGUGCCCAAUUCACUGUGGAACUUUUUGAAAAACUCAAUGCUGCCACCACCAAGGAAAACAUCAUAGUUUCGCCAUUUUCCAUACAAAAUUGUUUGGCCUUGGCUUUUGCCGGUGCCAAGGAUGAUACCGCCGAAGAAAUAGCCACAGCCUUGCAAUACGUUUCAAAUUUCCCUCCCGAAGUGGCAGAAACUUUCCAAUUCGUUUUGGAGAAAUACAAGAACAGUGAUCUGGUGAAAAUCGCCAAUAAGGUGUAUGUGCAAGAUGGCAAGGCUAUCAAACCCGAAUAUGCCAACGCCACCAAGGAGCACUAUCAUGCUGAGGCGGAAAGUUUAAAUUUUGCCGAAAGUGAGGCAGCCGCCCAGACCAUGAACGAUUGGGUUAAGGAGAAAACAGCUGGAAAAAUUACCGAAUUGAUAUCGGCCGAUUGUUUGGAUGCCACCACAAGAUUGGUUUUGCUCAAUGCCUUGCAUUUCAAGGGUGAUUGGGAAAAGAAAUUCGAUGAAGCCCAAACCGAAGAAGAUGAUUUCUGGAUUGCCGAAGAGGAGUCGGUGAAAGUGAAGUAUAUGAAUCAAAAGGCCAAGUUUGGCUAUGGCUAUUUUGAGGAAUACAAUUGCACCGCCCUGGAGAUGCCCUAUAAAGAUUCGGAUUUGAGUAUGUUUGUUGUAUUGCCACAAGAGCGAGAGGGUCUUAAGGAUUUGGCUGCCAAACUGAAGGAAGUCAAUCUGGUGGAUUUAGCGGAUAAAAUGAAUACCGAAGAAGUGGUGGUUAAAUUUCCCAAAUUCAAAGUGGAUUAUUCAAUUGAAUUGUCAGAUACAUUGAAAAAGAUGGGCAUCAAAAAGGCCUUCAGCGAUUGUGCUGAUUUUGGCAACAUCUUGGAAUCUCCCGAAGAUAUUAGCAUCUCAAAAGUCCUUCACAAAGCCUGCAUUGAAGUCAACGAAGAGGGUUCAGAGGCAGCUGCUGCCACUGGCAUGAUUAUGAUGACCCGUAUGAUGAUGCUGCCUUUGCAAUUUAUAGCCGAUCGUCCAUUCUUCUAUUGGAUUUGGAAUAAGAAGAACAUUUUGUUUGCUGGAGCUUUUGUAAAUGCCCCCAACGAGGCUUAAAAAUUUGGCAACUAUAAAAUAACCUCCGAACGGAGAGCACAUUAGAGCUGGCAAAUUAGCGAUGGCACUAUCGAUAUUUAAUUUUUUAA